CAUUGUCUUCCCCAACUGUUGGACCUGCCCAAAGCAAACAUGUACGUAAGUUGUACUUUGACUUGAGGUGGGGCUGCCACAUCAGCAGGUAACACAAUCAUGGCGGCUGCAUCGUCAAGUUUGGGGACACAGAUCAGUGAAGAACUGACCUGCGGCAUCUGCAAGGACCUGUUCACCAAGCCCAAGGUGCUGCCCUGUCAGCACACCUUCUGUCUGUCACCAUGUCUGGAGAACCUUGCAGGGAGGGGAGGGGCCUUCCAAUGCCCAAUCUGUCGCCAGCAAGUCAGCCUGCCACCCCAGGGGGUCACAGGUUUUCCAGACAAUCUCAUGGCAGCAAAUAUGUGUGAGAGCCUGCGAAACGAGGCCACACUGUCAGGGGAAACAAGGGAGCAACCCCAGUCUGGACACAGGUGCAGCUUUCACCCCUCAGAGGAAGUCAAGCUCUACUGUAAGCAGUGCAAUGUGCCAGUUUGUACUGACUGUUGUGAAGAGGGCCAUGAUGGACAUCCUACCACAGGCCUUAAAAAGGCUGCACAGAAAAGGAUAUCUACAGUCCAGGCUUUGAUCAACGAGGGGAGGAAUAUCCAGAAAAGUUACUGCAGCUUCAUCAGAGGUCUGAGGGAAGAAGAGAAAACCCUGAAUGAACAGAAACAGCAGAGAGACAACAGCAUCAUUCAGGCCUACAACCAAAUGGUGCACACAAUGGAGCAGAAGCUCACACAGAGAAAAGACCACCUCUUGUCUGAAUCACAAGAAAAUCACAGCAAGAACUUGGAGAAAAUACAGACUGAAAAGGACAGAGUGUUACCAGAUAUCAAUGAACUGUCUGUUGCCUGUGAUCGAGCAGAACAAGAACUGCAGCAGGGAUGGGCUGAGAUUCUCAGUCAGCAAACCGCUUUAACAGAGGUGGUAGGAAAGUACAGAGGAAAAGCAGCACCAACUCCUGUACAAAUCCAGCCUGCUGUCUUUCAGCCCACAGACACCCCGAUGCCAUUAUUGGGACAUGUGAUGGUCCAGUCUCCCCCAUCUGCACCAAUCCCAGCAGCACCUGCAUCUAGUACUAAUGCAGCAAGGGGCAGGGGUCAUCACCAUGGUAACCAAAGGCAAGGGGAGCCUCAGUCUCAUAAUCAAAGGGUGACAUUUAGUGGAAAGGGAUCUGGACCAGGAGAGUUCAAUGGUCCACUUGGUGUUACAGUGUCAGAUGAAGGGAAGAUCUUUGUAGCAGACAUGAUGAACCAGAGAAUCCAGGUCUUCACCCUGCAAGGAACAUUUAUCCGACAGUUCUUAACAGUCAUGUCAAAUGGACAGAAGAUGGACCCACAUGAUGUGGCCAUGGACGGGGAGGGGAACCUGUGGGUGGUUGGGUGGACAGGCUCUGCUCACUGUGCUGCGCAGUACAACAAACAGGGCAGGGUGCUGAGAAAGUUUGACCUACAGAAGACAGGGCCAGGGUGGUAUGGAGGAGUUGCCGUGGACACCAGGAGGAACCACAUCCUUAUCACACAAACCACAGGAGGCAUUGGCAACCCACAUGGUGAAGUUUUGGUGUUCAGGCCAGAUGGGACACUUGUGAGAACUGUGGGGGCAAAACAGUGGAACUUACUACGGCGACAACAGAGGAUGAAGUGGCCUCGGUACAUCACUGUGGAUAGGGACUUAGGGAACAUUCUUGUGUCAAAUGGGGACAAUCACUGUAUCCAUGUGCACAAUGAGGACGGACAGUUUCUGUUCAAGUUUGGAGAUUUGGGAAGUGGUGAAGGUCAGCUGUACAGUCCCCAUGGCAUCUGUACGGACAGGGCAGGUAACAUCAUUGUGGCAGACAGUGGAAACAGCCGUGUGGAGAUGUUUGACAAGAAAGGCAGAUUCCUUAAACACAUCGCUACAGACAUGGAGAAGCCACAGGCUGUUGCCAUGGCAACACAGGGACAGCUGGUAGUGACUGAUUAUGAGAACCACACAGUCUCCAUAUUUCCCACCUACUGAACCUGUUUAUACUAAGAUUCCAUGAUGUAACAUUGUGGCAUAAUGAACAGAAUUAACUUCAUAAUAAUUCUACAUUAAUAUCAAAAUAACUGAAAAUUCAAGACAACUUGAACUGUUAGAAUAUGUUUCUCAUCAGGUAAUUUGAAUGUAAGACUCAACAAUUAUACACCUUUUCAAUUAUAAUGAAAAACAAACAUGACUACAAUGUACCGGUAUGUACCAGGUUAGGUUUUCAAAAAUCAUUUGCUCGACAUGAGAAUUUGUUAUCAAUGUUAAAGUCUGCUGGUAGCCCUUGUUGGUCGUUAUUGAUGCCAGUCAUAUUAUCCACUAAGAUCAAAGGUAAAAUGGGACCAUGUGGGACCAAAGUCUGAGAGAGAGCAAACUUUGGUCUCAAGAUGACCGUUACUGCCAUUGUUUAAAUAAGACUAGCUGUAACAAAUUUGCACCGAAAUGCUCUAA